GUCUGUGAGGAGUGACCAGUCACUAGAACCUCCACAUCACUUUAGAGGACACUCUGAUCUUAGGUCUAGCUAUGAAAAAAGACGAUAUGUACAAAUGGCACUACUAGAUUAAAAUGGCAAAACACCUGGCAGUCAUGUCUGUGUUUUGUUUGUCACAUCGAUGUGAUCGGCGCUCCUCUGCUCUUCCUGGCACUCAAUCAUCAUCGCGCUCUGGCAUCCGCACAUCUGCCUGUGGAUCGCGGAAGCAGAAGUCGCUAGACAUAAACGAUAACAGCGUUUUGAUAUCGUUUUAAGUGGAUUAUUCUCAAAUUUAGUGAUCUUCAUGCACAUUGAAGACCUCUUAAUGACUCUGUAGCGGCAGAAGACGCUGUUUAAAGGAUUAAAAGCAUGCAGUGCACAGCCUCCCCUCCUCAGGACCCCACACAGGCGAGCGGCGACCGGGCCGAGCUGACCCAGCUGCCCGCUAAAGACGCGUCCUCCACAGACAGCACCUCUGAUCUGGGCAGCCCCAGAGUGCUGACCUUUGACCUGCUGAACAUGGUGAUCUGCUUCAAGCGGAUGGCCAUCUUCCUGGAGCCCGUCACAGACUCGCUGGAGGUGCUGCGGUACCUGCUCGGGUGGAGGAUGCCGCUGUGCUCCCUGUUCAGCUGCGUUCUGCUCAACAUCCUCUUCCUCACUUUGAGUGAAGGCGCUUGGGUCACUCUGCUGCUGCUUGCCGUCUCCGCUCCGGCUGUGCUGGGUUACCUUGGCAACCGUUGCCAGGGCACGAGCAGUGAGAUGGAGGUUCAGAAGAAGAAACACUUUGCGGUGCAGCGGCGAGACCUGCAGACGGUCCACAUGAGCAAACAGGAGGCCAUGCUGGAGGUCAAGGACAUGCUGAAACGAAUAGAUGAGCUUUUGACACUGGCGUGUGUGUAUGCAGAAUCUGUGUAUAAAGUGUUAUACUGGGAGAGCCACGCCAUGUCCUCCAUGUUUUAUGGUUCUGUCCUGACGGCAGUUUGCUUGCUGUACAUGGUUCCUGUGGGUUUGAGUCUGUCUGUGCUCAACAGCGCCCUCUUUCUGUGGAACAGAAACUUCUGCAGAGCUCUUUUGGAGCUGAAGGAGUUCGUUCACCCAAGUCGAGUCCAGCCUGCGGAGGAAACUGAACCAUGUGACCCAGAUCAGUCAAACCUGCUGGAACGCACACCCACUCCAACCAGUGUGGAGAUCUUCCUGCCUGCAUGA